UAUAUGCUUCGGUCUUUUUAAAUCCCUCCAGGUGUAAGCUACCGAUACACGCAAUCCUAGUUACCGUCUGCUCGUGUCACGCGGGAUUCCUGGCAGACACUGGUUGUCUUUGGUAAUAGUUCCAGAGUCUGGGAAUUGAAAUUUUGAGGGAACUUUGAAUAUGGCGCAGGAAUUAUUACCCGAGGAGAAAAGCAAGAUUGUUGAAGAGCUGAAACCAGCCGUACAAGAUUACAGUCACCAGGACAGUUUAUUCGGGAAUGCGUUCUCAUCAAAGGCCUACUUUAUUGUUCACCCAGAAUGGCUAUCAGAAAAUGUUGAUCCACCCAAAUCUCAGCCACUGCCAAGAAAACCGUGGCCCUGGGAGCAACCCAAAUAUCGACAGAACGUCCAGCGAUAUGUCAACGGAGAGAUGACCCCUGAUACCUCAACAAAUGGCCAGAAUUCACCUGCUCCAGAAUUCGAUAUUCCAGAACCGGGCUAUUCAUUUACCCAACCACUGAAAGGUGACUACGAAUCAGAAAUAUUGGACAGAAAACCUGAGCUGGAUUUAAGUACGAAACGUUUGUUUUAAUUAUUCAGUAACAAAAAGUUAUCCACCACGAAUGUCUGACUAAAAUGAAUGGUGAUCGAUCAAGGACUCCAUGGCAAACUCAUAUAUUACUUAGCAAGGCUCACGAACAGACCAACAUAUACAAAUGCUGCUAUGCUAGAUGUUAGGUACCGCUUCCAGUAUUAUAUAAAUGUAUGACAGUUAUGUGUGCAAUGAAUAAUUUAUUUUCACGUUAGUAAACUAUCAUAUUGAUACA